AUGGGAAAGUCAAUGAGGGUGAAGGUGCCUGGUCUGCUGGAGCACUACCUACCUGCUCUGUGCCUCUUCUACCUAUCUGCACUCCUCGGACUGUCAUCCACACAGUCAUCAAUUAACUACAUGGUCUUUCUCCCGGCCCAAUUGCACUACCCAUCCAUAGAAACGGCUUGCCUCGUGCUGGAUGGUGCUGUUGGCCAUCCCAGAAUAGAUAUAACUGUGACCUUGGAGACUUUAGGAGAAACUGUCGUUAUUUAUCCUAAAGAUGGGUGUUCCCAACUGCCCAUUUCUUGCUGCAAGUUCAAGGUUCCACCUCCCAGCAAGGGCAUCGCCGAAGUGGCAACAGUGAAAAUUGUGGCGAAGGGAGACCUCUCUUUUACGGAAACAAAACAAGUCUUCAUCCAGGGGAUAGCAGAUGGAAUUGUGGUCCAAACAGACAAACCUCAAUACAAGCCUAGCGACAUGGUUGGCUUUCGCAUUGUGACGUUAGAUGAGAACUUUUUGUGCAAAAAGCCGAUGUAUUCCAUAGUGGAGCUGAUGGAUCCCCAAAAAAUCCGAAUCGCUCAAUGGCUCAAAGUCUCCACCAGAAUGUGCAUCGCAGAACUGAGCUUCAACCUGACAUCUGACCCUAUUUUGGGCACCUACACCAUCCUUGUGGAGAAUACCCCAGUACAGACCUUCAUUGUUCAAGAGAAGGUUCUUCCCCGCUUUGAUUGUACGAUAGAAGCUCCUUCCAAAAUAUAUAUUUCAGAUGCCAAUUUUCCAGUUAAAGUGUGCGCCAGAUUUACUUAUGGGAAAGGAGUCAUCGGAAGUGUCAGUGUAAAACUUUGUCAUAUGAGUUACCCCGACAACAUCUGUAUCUCAGUGGGUGGACAGACAGACAUCACCGGCUGCUUCACUACCACGGUCAACACCAACGCUGUGACAGAGUAUUAUUAUGGUAGCGGUUACACUAUUACAAUGGAUGCAGUCUUUACAGAGCAAGACACAGGUACCCAGGCUGCUGCCCAUAAGGAUGUCCCCGUUGCAUUGUUUUCAGAGACUAUCACAUUCAAAGAGAUUGGCACAUAUUAUAGGACAGGAUAUCCCUUCUUGGUGACGCUGGCAGUUACGGACCGGAAUGGCUCGCCAGUGCCAGCUAGAACAAUCGAACUGGACGUCAAUUACGGAAGUGACGUAUUAAUUGGAACCACAGACCAAAAAGGAGAAGUGACAUUCAACCUGAAAACAUCAUCAUGGACUAACCAAGUCUCUAUAAGGCCGUUUUUAAAGGGAAAGAAUGGCAGGGUGACGAACAAUGACUAUCGAACCGUUUCUCCCAUUUAUACCAGAGCCAAGUCCUUCUUGCGGCUGCAGCCAAUCAAUGACGUUAUCAAAUGUGGCAAGAAAGAAGUGGUCCUGGCUCAGUACAUUAUAAACCCAGAGGACCUGGAAAGGGGCACCAAAAGCGUGAACUUCUAUUAUAUAGUUGUUGGCAAAGAUGGGAUUAUGGUAAACGGAACUGAAAUAAUCAAACUGAAAGACAAUGUCAGUAAGUACUGA